AUGUUUGAUACUUUUGAUUUAGUAAUUCCGCGGAGAAAGUGUCGUCCAGUUGGUGGGUUCGUCUGGUUGAUCGUACUGCUGCAACUGUUCGGCUAUCCCGAUGGUAGUUGGGGACAAUUGGCCACAGCAGAACAUGCGAUCCUCGAACGGAUAGACGCGUCAUUGAACGUGCUACAAGAUGGAAGCUGCCGGCAGGAUAUGAACCGCACCAUCCAAGCGGUGUACAAUCGCGACACGUGGGCGAUGGCAAUGUUCGAUGCCUCGGUCAAGUUCCCGGACGCGGUUGAGCACGGCUCGAUGUACCAUUUCGGGAGUUACGAUGAGUGUUUGGCCCGAAUGUCGGGCGCAUCUCUCCGUACACAGUUUUGUCUUGUGCGUGUGGCGCUUCCUGGAUUUCGCGUGCGUGAACUUGCCACCCGUGACCGCUCCACGACAAACCACAGUGCGGUUCAGGUGCGAUGGGGUCUGUGUUUACCUGCCACCUGCCCGGCGGAUGACGUCGGUAGGCUGCUGAAGGAGACCACUGGGUACAGCGAGUUAGUCAUUCCAUCAGGUGCUUGCCAGCAGCAGGAGGUUUCGAGCCAUAGACAACCCUACGAUGCCGCUCAAAUCGUGACCGCAUGUGUGUUGCUACUGUUUGUGCUGAUGGUGGUCUUCAGUACAUUCUACAAUUUCGGGUGCUCGGCCCACGAAACCCGAGAGAUGGAGAAGGAGUCGACGGGAGCAAGCGUGCGACGGGCUUUUUCCGUGCUCGAGAACCUCCGCAAACUGGCCCAAGACUCAAAGGAUGAACACGGACUCGGUUGCAUCAAUGGCAUCAAAGCUAUCGCCAUGAUAUUUAUCCUCGGAGGACACGCGUUGGUCUUUAUGGCAGGUGGGGCGUUACUUAACCCGAGUUUCUUCCGCGAGCAGAACCAAAUGCUCCAGAACGCGUUCCUGCUCAACUCACCGCUGCUCGUGGACACGUUCCUCUUGCUGAGCGGGUUCCUGUUCGCCCGGUUACUGCUGCUCGAGUUGGACAAGCGUAAGGGACGCAUCAACGUCCUGCUGCUGUAUGUGUUCCGUUACAUUCGACUUACCCCCGCGUACCUGGCCAUUAUCGCUCUCUAUGCCACCUGGCUUCCCCGGUUAGGCGAUGGACCGCUCUGGAACGAGCGAAUGCAGCUCGAGCAGCACCGUUGCCAGGUCAGCUGGUGGCGCAAUCUGCUCUACAUCAACAACUACGUCGGCACGGAGGAGGUGUGCAUGUUCCAGUCGUGGUAUCUGGCAACCGAUACCCAACUCUUUGUCCUUGCCCCACUCAUCCUGUACCCGAUGUGGCGCUACGGACAUCGUGUGGCUCUAUUGCUGCUCGGUAGCCUGACCGGUGUAUCCAUCCUUGUGCCAUUCUUCGUCACGUACUACCGGCAACUCGAUCCGACGCUCAUGAUCUUUACCGAUGAAAUUAGUGACCUUCAAUCGAACGACUAUUUUGUCAACGUGUACGGGAAAACUCACCUCCGAGCAACCGCUUACCUGUUUGGCCUCCUGGCCGGAUAUCUCGUUCACUGGAUGCAGAUGGAAAGCAUUCGCAUAGGAAGAAAAAUGCUGGGCAUCUGCUGGACCAUCUCUACCGUCUGUGGCUGUUUAGCGAUGUUUUCUCUGACCGCCUUCUACAACGGGCUCGGUACCGAGAACUAUCUCUACAAUGCAGUGUACGCCGCACUGCACCGCUUUGGCUGGAGCUUGUCGAACGGAUGGCUUAUCCUGGCCUGUGUAACCGGACAUGGUGAUAUCCUGAAGCGCUUCCUAUCCUGGCGUGCAUUUGUGCCCCUCAGCCGGCUCACCUAUUGUGCCUAUCUGAUGAACGGGCUCGUCGAGCUGUACCUGUCUGCCACGCGCCGAACGCCACUGUAUGCCAGUGUGUCAUCUCUGACCGCCGAAUCCAUCUCGCACAUGACAUUAACUUUCCUGCUGGCGCUCGUGCUUUGUCUUCUGUUCGAAUCACCGAUCCAUGGUCUCGAGAAGAUAGCUUUGAAGCGAUUCCGGCCAAUUCAGUCUCCCGACGGACCCGAAACUAGUAGUUUAAGCACAACCAACACUCAAAGUACGUCAGAAGAAGCGUGACGAUUUUUGGUUUACGCUUCCUGCUUCCAUAAGGAAGAGUGGUAUUGGGGUUAGUUAAUAAGGGUUAAGUUUAAGUGUUAGGUCGGAUUUAUUAAUUCCACAAAUUGUAAAUAAUCGUCAUAAGAUUCUAAUUUCCGAAUAACAACUUAAAUGGCACGUGUAUAACAAUAAGAUACAAUCGGAAAAAAUAUU